CCCCUAGCACUGCCGGUCCCGCACCCAGCCCAGUGCCGGGGAGAGGAGAUGGGUGCAGGACGGGGCGUCCCCAUGGCCCAGCUGGCCCUGCUCACCCUGCUGGCCCUGCCGGGCGCCGGGGCAGUGACAGGGGACCACAUGCACUCUCAAGUGAAUUUCUACCAGCGCACGGACCAGUCCCCGCAGGGGUCGGGUGAGUACAUGCAGGACUUCGACCAUGAGGAGAUGUUCUAUGUGGACCUGGAGAGGAAGGAGACCGUCUGGCGCCUGCCCGAAUUCAGCAAGUUCACCAGCUUCGAGGCGCAGGGAGCUCUGAGCAACAUCGCCGUGCUGAAGAACAACCUGGAUAUCAUGAUCAAGAGGUCCAACCACACACGGGCUGAGAAUGUGCCCCCUGAGGUGACCAUGUUCCCCGAAGACCCCGUGGAGCUGGGCGAGCCCAACGUCCUGAUCUGCUUUGUGGACAAGUUCUUCCCGCCGGUGCUCAGCGUGACGUGGCUGAAGAACGGGCAGGAGGUGACGGGGGGCGUCUCCGAGACCGACUUCUACCCCCGCCAGGACAACUCCUUCCGCAAGUUCUCCUACCUGCCCUUCCUCCCCAGCCAGGGCGACUUCUACGACUGCCGGGUGGAGCACUGGGGGCUGCCCGAGCCCUUCACGAAGCACUGGGAAGUCCAGGUGCCCACCCCCGUCCCCGAGACCACAGAGACCCUGGUGUGCGCCCUGGGCCUGGCCGUGGGCAUAGUCGGCAUCAUCGCAGGCACCAUCCUCAUCAUCAAGGGCAUGAAGAUGAAUGCCGCCCGCAACCCGCGGGGCCCCUUAUAAACACAGGGAGGAGCCGGGGGCCCCAAAUCCCCCAAGUGCCUUCGUGAAACCUGUUCACGCCACUGCCCCCAGAGUUCCUGCUCUGCUCCCAUCAGUGCCAGCUGCUGUACCCAAGCAGGAGCCCCUCAGCCCUAUAACCGCGCCGAUCCAACCCACUAGAGACUCACUGGGGAGCCGGUGCCUUGGACUUCCCUCUCACCCCCUGCUGGGCUUGGGGGGGCACCUAUCCAGGGAGAGGGCUGCUGCCCAUGGGGCUGGGAAUGGGGGUCACCCCUCAUCAGGGAGCAGCAGGGG